GGAAUAGAAAAACAAUUUGGCAAACAAAGAAAUGGGGAUAACGUUGAAAGGAGAAGUGGCGAAGAGAAGAUAAAAAGGGAAAGCAACAAAAGCGGUGAACACGGUUUUCAUUGCAUUGCAUGGAAAAUAUAUGUGCAGCAAAUAUAAAUGAAGCGAAAUUGAAAUCGGCAUAGCCAAGUGUUCGUAAACCUCAGUAGUUGUCUAUUUAAUGCGAAUAGGGUUCGGAAGGGUUGCAGCGAACAAAGAAGUGCUCACAGAGGGACUUAAACAAUUAAUGAAUUAAUGCAUUGAAUCAAGUAGUCGGGACGCAAAAGAAAAUAAAAAAAAGAAUAUAGAUCAGUGAUCGAAAUAUUCGGGGAUUUCUUCAGUUUACAUCUGAACUCAUUAAAUUUAAAGUUCAGUGAAUAUCUUCUGGCGCUGAUACUAUGGCUGAUCCUGAGAAGCAGAGCUUGAUUAACAAUGAGGAGACCAAUAAUACGUAUUCUACAGGGCAGCCUAGUGCUGUAGUAGGCAGUGUUGGGGGCGGCGAAGCAGGUGCGGCUGUUAUUGCAGGAGCAAAUCCGACUGAAGGCGGUGUUUCCCAGGCAAAUGUUCCAUUUGUGGGUCCGGAUGAAUUGCCACCGCCUUAUCAGGCAAACACUGGAACUGGUGUACCAAUGGUUACAUGCAGGGUGUGCCAAAACAUGAUCGAUAUUACACUAAAAAGAGAUCAGCAUGUAGUGAAGUGCACCCACUGCAAUGAGGCAACUCCAAUACGUAAUGCCCCUCCUGGCAAGAAGUAUGUGCGUUGUCCAUGCAACUGUCUGUUGAUAUGUAAAAGUUCGUCGCAGCGCAUAGCUUGUCCUCGGCCUAAUUGUAAGCGUAUUAUAAAUUUAGCACCGAGUCCAGUUACCCCACCCGUACCGGCUAUGCCAGGAAUGUGCCGUGUAACUUGCGGACACUGUUCGGACACAUUUUUGUUUAAUACGUUUCAUAAUGCAUUGGCGCGCUGUCCCCACUGCAGAAAAGUUUCGUCUGUAGGAUCGCGUUUCGCUUGCGGACGCGGUAUUUUGUUCGCUAUAUUAGGAUUGCUAUUCCUUAUUGCGGGCAUCGGUAUUACUGUUGGCACGUAUAAGUAUGCAAAGGAUCAUGGCGGUAUCGUUAUUGCUUAUAUUGGCCUAUUUCUGAUUGCAGCCUUUUUGGGUGCACGUUCUGUUUAUUAUUUCCGUUUAAAAGUAAGCGCCAUAGAUGGUCCGAUGUAAGGGCGUAUUUAAAUGUUUUUGUAUCAUUCCUUUUGAUAUUAACGAAACAAAUCAACACAACAUAAACACAUUAAGCAUAUAAAAAAGCCAGAGGAAGAUAGAAUGAAAAAAGCAGGUGUAGAUGCAUAAAAAAUACUACUUAUUACCGACAACAUUCACUAAUGAAUAAUUUUCAAAACACACCGUAAAAUACAUAGUUCACCACUCUAAAUAAAUAUGCAAUCGAACAAAAAAUAUUGCAUUACAAUUAAUUAUUCGAACCGGGUAAAAAUAAUAAUAUUGCAUUAAUGCAAACUAGUUCUAACGCAUGUAACACGAUGCGUUAGCAUAAAUGACCUAAUAUUUGAUAAAAUUCACUAAUACAAUACCCCUUUUGUACAACAUAAUCUCAGCAGUCAAAGAAGACGUAGAAAGUCUUCAACUUUACGCCUCAAAAUCACAUUUAUGUAGAAAUAUGCUUUGUUUUAUUAAAAAGCAAACUCAAAGGUAGACAACUUUUUACGUGAUUGGUUCAGUGUUUUUAAGAGUUUGGUCGCUUGAAUAAAUUCACCUUGUUUAGAUAAAGUAAGCCUUUUGCGAAUCUCUGUCUAAUGGUUUACUAUGUGAUUGGUUCUGCUAUACUUAUAUAUUACAAUUUUAUCAUAAAUUAUCAUUUUGUAACUUUUGUAAUUGUAUUUGUACGUAAAUGUUUUUAUUCCCUGGCUGAAUUACAACAAAUAAUGUUGAUCUGCGGUGCAUACACGUGAAUAGAUUAUAAUUAUUCAACACACACAAACGAAAAACGAAAAAUCCCGCUUCCGUUACAAUUUGUCUUAGAUAUAAAGUUCAACAUACUUAUAUAAAAAAUGGUCCUCACAUGUAUGAAGUUGUCCUGCAGCUAGUAAACGCAUGUUUGUUGAUUAGCCUGUAAAAAUUUCGGCCAUUUAAGAUCGAAAAUAAUAUGUAUAAACAAAAAAACAAAUAUAAGCCUAGAAUGGUUCGCGUAUAAAUUCAACAGAAGCAUUCAGUAGGAGGAAAUAAAGGCAUAGGAGAAGGAAAAAAAGCAAAUCUGAAUUCUAUAAACAAACAUUUAAUAUUAACUAUAUGAUUAAAUGAAAUAUUAUGGAACUUAUACAAUUAUAUUUAGAUUAUUACGAUAUACUGUAAAUAAACGCGAAAAAAACCAAA